GGGCGCGGGCCGAAGCGCAGCUGCGUUCCGCGGUAGCCUGCGAGCGGGCCAUGCGCUGGAGCGAGGUUGUUGAACAUUAUACAGCACUCUUGAAAACUUUGAGCAAAGAGGAACUUCCUAAAGACUUUGAGCCUGGUCCUUACUAUUCACAACUGCUGUUUGAAACCUAUUAUCAUUUAGCUGUAGCUUUCCAAAGACAGAAUCACCAUAAGGAAGCAGUGCAAGAGCUUAAUAAAGCAAUAGACGUUGCAUCUAUCCCUAAGAUUGCCUGUCAAGUUGGCUGUGUUUCCAGAACUUUCCUUCAUACACCACUGUUUGCGAGAAGAGCAUAUGCAUAUGUAAAAUGUGGUCAUUUGAAAGAAGCAAUAGAUGAUGCUAACAAGGCCGUCGAGUUAGACCCUUUGAACCCGGAUGUAUAUUGUGUUCGAGCUCUUGUUUGGAACACAGUGAAAGAAAAGAAGAGAGCGCUUUUUGAUUUAAACUGUAGCCAGAAGCUAAAGCCGUCUCAUAUUUCCACUUUGAUCAUAAAGGGAAUUAUUAAAAAUUCUCUAAUGGCAACAGAGGGUACACAGUCUUUAGUGAAGAAUAAAGAUCAUGAAAAGGCUUAUAAACUGGACAAAACUAGUAAAAAUUUCUUUGAUGUAGAAGAUUUCCAUAGUCCUAAAAUGGAUGAUUUCUAUGAUAGCUGUGUCAUCAGAAGCCCCAGCCAAUAAGAAGUCCUAAUGGCAUCUCUUUGGGGGAACUUUCCCCCCAGGAUCAACAUGUGGAUAUCCUUCUUCCUGUACUGACCUUUGUGGCACCAUAUUUCCCCACUACAUAUCCUGCGGAGGACACUCCAUAGAUCAGGGUCUAUCUGUGGAGAGAUUGCAAAAGUGAGGUUUGGGUGACAUAAGUGUUCCCUGAUAACUAAUGAUAAAUGUAUUAAAAAGUGCAUUCAGCCUG